AUGUCUUCAUGGCACACAGCACUGGGCCUCAUCUACACGCUAGGAUACAAUGUGGCCUCGGCGCGAGCCACGGGCGACCUACCUUUAGCCCAAAACUCCAAACCGGAAGCACACCUGAAGACCUCGACAGACGUCACCUUCGACCCCCUGGGCGUCGCUGCAGUCCUUCACAACCCUCGCGCCAGCCUUUCCGCCGCUAGACUCUACACCCAAUUCGAUAGAAAAUUCUUCAUAUGGCCACACACCAUGAUGAUGGGCGCAAGCCUCAUCCCCGUACAAUUGCUCGUGGAGCAUCUCACGGCAACCUUUCAAUCCAUUCACCCGGCCAUCACGCUGUGUACGCGAGACACGCAGUUGCUAAGCGUGGUGUCGAAUAUGGUGUUCAAGGAGCUGCCGUUGGAUUUUGGGAAUAUGUGGUUGGCGGAUGUGAUUGCGUUCAAGGCUUCGAGGAAGCCGGCGAAUGAUUUUAUGAUUGUCUGUAUGGAUGAUGAUGACGACACUGCUCUCCCAACUACUGCUAGCGGCAGCAUCAAAGAGAAAAAGGGGAAAGAUGGAGGACCGUCGAAAUUGAGGAGAUGGCUGGGCUGUUCGGCGCUGAAUAUGAUCUCCCUGAUCAACGGACUCAUCAUCGUCGCGGGGAUAGUCCUCGGUACCCUAAGUGCAGAUAUUUGGGCUCUUACGCUCUUCUUCUUCUACGGCACGCACUGGCUCGCCGGGCUCGCCAUCUCGACUACAUCCCUCGUCACACCGCAGAGAAUCUCUAUCAACCCCGACCCGACAAUCAGGUACGCAAUCUACCAACGUCCGGCCGGCGGAACCGUCGUUUUCAAGGGUCGUCAGGAUACUAUGGAAUCAUGGGCGCGAAGUACCUGGGAAUUCAAGCGUACCCUCAAAACUAAUUCUCUGCACUGGUUCUGGACGUUUACGGGGACAAUGUCUGCUAUUUGCUCAGUGGCAUGCAUGGUGAAUAUGAUUGGGUACAUGCAACUUGCAUUUCUAGCAUUGCUGGUUUAUGCGUCCCUCGCCGAGAUUGUGGCCACGAGGAUUACGAGAGUGUUACAAGGCGAAGCAAAAGCGAAAAGUAUGACAUGUUUUGUGGACGAUAAUGCGUACAGGACGCAGGGAAUUAUUAGGGCCACAGUCGAGUUUGGCCCGAAAUAUAGGCUUACGGGCUUAGAUUGGGUUGAGCUCAAGAGGAUGCCGCCAGACCAAUUAUUCAAGGAUAUGCAAAGACUGCUCGCACGGUUGAACGAGUAUCAGGAAGCGGUCGAGAUGGGAAGGGAGGUUGUACCUGUCGAUGGACCGAAAGAACAUGACGCAGUGAAAGAGGCGCUUAGAGAGUUUAGGGAGGACAGACGUGAGGAUCCGAUUUUGGUGAAGCGGAUUCAGAGAGAGGCGACUGAUGCGUUGACGGAGUGGUGGGUGAAAUUGAGUAAGGAGGAUGUAGUCCUGAGUACGGAGACGAAGGCUGUUUCUCCUUGA